UUUUCGUUUCCCAUCAUACCCCGGAUUGAAAACAAAGUCCCACGUGACCGCCGGCUGCCGCGAGCCCAACGGCAACAUGGCGUCUCCCAGGGGCGGCGGCUGGUCCGGCCUGGCGCGGCGGCGGCAGCAGCACCAGCAGCAAGGACGGCCCGGUGUUAUGGCCGCCGCCGGCGCCGAGGGAGCAGAGCCCGCCGAGGCGGAGUCCGGGGCCGAGGGCCUGUACGUGGCGGUGGAGCGGUGCCCGCUCUGCAACACCACGCGCCGUCGGCUGACCUGCGCCAAGUGCGUCCGCGGCGGGGACUUCGUCUUCUUCGACGGGCGGGACUCGGAGCGGUUUUCUGAAAAGAAAGAGAGAUUAAACCACCUGAGGAGCAAACAGCAUGAAUUCCAGUCCCAGUUGUUAAAAGCUAUGGAGGGAAAAUGGAUAACUGACCAGUUGAGGUGGAAAAUAAUGUCUUGCAAAAUGAGGAUUGAGCAGCUGAAGCAAACGAUUUGCAAAGAAAAUGAAGAAAUCGCAAGAAAUUCUGAGUGGCUUCUUAGAAUUAAAGAUGAGAAUCAGAAGCUUUACCGCAGGGCUCAGCGCCAUCAGGAGAAGAAGGAGAAGAUCCAGAGGCACAACCGCAAGCUUGGAGACCUGGUGGAAAAAAGGAACUCUGACUUGAGGAGCCAGCAUGAGCAUCUCGCCAGCCUCCGGCGGUCGCAUAUUAUCGAACUGACCUCGGUCAUCUUCCCCAUUGAGGAGGUGAAGGUUGGCAUGAGGGACCCUGCAGACGUGUCGUCCGAGAGCGACAGUGCCAUGACUUCUAGCACAGUGAGCAAGCUGGCAGAAGCCAGGAGGACCACUUACCUGUCUGGGCGCUGGGUGUGUGACGAUCACAACGGGGACACCAGUAUCGCCAUCGCAGGGCCUUGGAUAACCCUUCCCAACAAUGGGGAUUAUUCGGCUUAUUACAACUGGGUGGAAGAGAAGAAAACCACUCAAGGGCCAGACAUGGAGCAUAACAACCCUGCUUAUACUAUCAGUGCUGCGCUUUGCUAUGCAACUCAGCUUGUCAACAUUUUGUCACAUAUACUUAAUGUCAACCUUCCCAAGAAGCUCUACAACAGUGAGUUCUGCGGGGAAAAUCUCAGCAGGAGGAAGUUCAUGUGGGCAGUAAAAAAGCUGAACACCAACAUCCUUUACCUUUGCUUUUCUCAGCAUGUCAACUUAGACCUCCUGCACCCUCUGCAUACGCUCAGGAACCUGAUGUACCUGGUCAGCCCUGAGACGGAAGACUUGGGAAGAUCCGGUCCGUUCGAGAUCAGUGCUGAUCUGGAAGACUCCAUGGAGUUUGUGGAUCCCAGUGGCGCCGGCGAAACAGACGAGAGCGGAGACGAGCACAUCAGCGAUGAAGAGACUGACCUUGGGACGGACUGGGAGAAUCUGCCCAGCCCGCGGUUCUGCGACAUCCCCUCCCAGCCGGCAGAGAUGCUGCAGAGCCAGAGCACGUUGGCCUCACGAGAGCCCAUGGCUAGCACCAGCAGCGCCGGAGGCAUGAUCUCCUCGGCAGCAGCGUCUGUUACCUCCUGGUUCAAGGCAUACACUGGACACCGCUAGGCAACUUUUGGGCCUCUGGGGGGGAAGUUCCUUCCUACGACCCGCCAUCACUGUAGUAAACCUUACAUAUUCAGCUCAGUAGUGCCUGGAACAACAAGGGUCAGACUUCUAAUCGCAUUACACACACACACACACGUCUAAAAGAUGGUUUUAAUUUGCCCACGCUGACUGCGAUGGCUUUGUAAAUUUCUCUCCGCAUACACUUCGAACACCUGAAACGGAACUUGGCACCUCUUAAGUCUCAACUGUUCUGCUGAGGAUGAAAGGAGGAGAAUCCUGUCUGUCAUUUUUAGUUUAUUUUUUAGUUUCUUUAAAAAAGAAGGAAAGGAAGAAAACAGACGAGAGAUGUGAACUGGCAGUCAUUUGAAGUGUGAAGACCAAAAGAGGAACAGCAUUAAGGAAAACCAUUUUGAGAGUGAUGCCAAUGCACAAGGCCUUCCCCUGUGAAUAGUUCCUAACGGGGGUCUUGGGUUACUUUGUCCUUAAAAAAAAAAAAAAAAGGUGCGCGUCUCUUACAAUGCACAGGAAAAAAAGAUGUACAGCUCAAAUGCACAUUUGUAGAGCCUUCUGGCAAAAUGUGCAAGCGAUGCAUUAUGUGGUUUCUAAUCUCAGUUGCCAGAAUUUUAAUACAAAAAAAAUCAUGUUUCUUCACUAUCAAUAGAUUAUUUUUUUUAAAAAGAAAAAAUGGAUGGUAGGCCAUGCCUUUUCGUGCGUGUGCGUGCAUGCUCUGUUGAUCCAGUAAUAGAAGGUUUUCCAUGUUGAGACUCAGAGGUCCUAGGCUUCUUAUUCUGCUUACCUGACACCAAAGAGAAUUAUUAUGGUCAUAAAUAACUUGCCAAUACAGAGUAAUUCUACUGCUAUAAUAAGGUUUGCCUUGUCACAAAUCCUCUUGUAUGAAAAGAAGCCGCACUUCCCCCCCAAUUUGGCAACUAUAUAUUCCAUGUGUUUUCGGAAAGCCUGCACUCCUGGGGCUGGUGACACAAGGAUCUUUUUCCUCCUUGGUUCAAAAUCGUCCUCAUGUUUGCAUCCAGUUCAGCUUCUUGUUGGCUGUGUAGCACAAUGCACCUUUGACUUCUGAGUAGGCAGGCUUACCAUGGUGGGUUACUUUGCCUUUCAAAAUGUUCCCCUUUCUUGAUCAGCCCCCUUGAGAAAGUUCAAGCGUUGACAUGUACAUUUGUGAAUCGGUUCACAUGAAGAAGCCCCGCGCAUGCUUGCCCAUCCCUUUCCUCCAUGCUUCCAGUCUUAAGGUGCAGGGUGGCCAUCUCAUGCUGAGGGCUGUAGGCUGUUCUUCCUGAAAAGCGGUGAGGGGAAAAAGGAGGCGAGUUGGCUUUACAUGCCUGUGCAUCACAUGAAAUUCUGAGCAGUGGGGAGGGGACUUAGGUCCCCGCUCCCAUCAGGAAUUUGAUCAUCUGAACCACACCUUAGUUUGUCACACACAUAGAACACUGACAUCCAAAGAGGAAGUUCUCAGCAUCCGGCAUCGCCCCGUAGCAACUCCUUUGCAUUAUGGUACCGUAAGGAGAAAAGUUGCGUGUGCAUUUCUGCUCCUCUAGUGUGGUUGAUGCCUUUGCUCUUUUUGUCCCCAGUGCACACUCAUGGAUGCCAGUCUGAUGGGCAGCCUCCCUGCACAUCCCAUUCCCAACAGCAUGAGCCUGAAGGUGCUUUUUCUGCUUUGAAGCCUAUUCAGACUUUCAGGAGGGCAUGUAGUUCUGUCAUGUGGAGAUCUGCUUCUGUGGAAUAAGACAGAUACAUAGCCCCCGUCAAAAAUCUUGCCAAGCAAAAAGCUUCCUUCGUACAGAUAACAGGCCAAUGCCGACAUGCAUUCUGAAGUGUCAUACAUUCAUAUGAAGAAGGUUCUAGAUGCUGAACAUUUGAAUCGGCUCUUGGCAAUAGCAGUUCCGCAGUGCACUUCUGUUCAGGUUUUCAGUGACCGACUGCCCCAUUUUGGCCCGGAGUUGGAUGUAAGGCGCUGCAUGAGAAUCUGAGUAUUUACUUUGACAGAUUUCCCACGGUAGAUGGGCAUUUGCUGGCUGGGUGAGUGAAUGGGGAGGCUUUUGUUUCAUGAAUUUGUUAUUAAACCAAAGAUCCCACUAGCUCAGUAUUUUUUAUUUUAAAAUCUGUUGGGUGUGAGAUCCCAGCCCACAAAGACUAAUUCAGAAGAACAGCAAUAGUAUGAUCCAGUCCGCGUCUUCUCUGCAGGCACCUGGUGAGGUGGUAUCCAGCUACAAGAGAUGUGAAGGAAAUGGGGUUACGCAUGGCCAGAGCUUUGUCUCAAGGGAUGUUGUUACAGCAGCAUAGGCUUGUCCUGCAAGUCUCUCCUGUGUAAAAAUGUACGGUGGAAAAAGGUUUUGAGAAGGAAGGCACUUGAUUAGUUUCGGAUGAGCUGGGCUGUUCGGAGCUGCUGGAGGGAGGUUCCUCUCGGAUGGCCUGGGCCCUUUCCCCAUGUCAAUAAUUCUUGUGUGUUCUCUUUUUCUCCCACUCUUGUGGUAUUUUAACCAUUCUGCUGCUUAUUUAUGGUUUAUUUUGAAAAAGAAAAGAGGAAACCCUCCCAACAGACAUGCCAGUUGUCUAUGGUGAAUUGGGGAAGAUAUGUUUAAAUGCCAUUAAGCCAUGAAACUGCAUCAGUUGUCACAAUUCCCUCAUUUUAAAAUGACACCUCUCUUCCGCAGUAGUGUAGCGUCCAUUAGAGAAUUCGCAAAGGUGCGUCCCAAGGAUUGUUAUGUUGUUUGGUGUUGAAUCCUUUUGAGAUAAACUUUUUUUUGUAACAAUAUAUGUUUUUACACAUAUAUAGCUAUGUGGAGAAACUGGGAGUUGUGUGUCCAACACUUUAGUGCAAUUGAGAAAAGUUGAUUGUUCUGCUGAACGGAAAAGGGGAGGGGACUCUGCAUUAAUGGAUAUCAUGGCCAAAGGUGGCCAGUUGAGCAUUUUGCAAGAUCAUAGUUGUGACAUCACAAGGGCAGGAUUGUGCAUUUAGGGCCAAGGUUCUCAAAGGUGCCGAGUGGAGCUUCUGAAGCGAGGGAUGCUUCCUCUCCCUUCUCUCUUAAAAGCAAAACAGGCCCUCAAAGAGGGGGAUCUAUGUAUGUCCCAAAUCCCUGACCCUCCUUUUCAGCAAUCUUAACCUUGUGAUGCCACUUUCAAACUAGUAGGGUUGUAACUAAACAGAUGCGUGUUUUGUUCCCCAUAAGUUUAUUGUAUUAUUGCAAUAAAUCUUUUAACAGUUUUUUUAAA